UGUACAAAUAGUUUAAGAAUAAUUAAACCAUUUUGACAUUUUGAGCAGAAUUAAUGAGAGUUUUAUUCUUGAAAGUCGUUACAGGAAGUAGUACUUCCUUGUCGCCGUAACAGUGGAGCUGUGGACUGUUGCAGAGUCAAAACAAUGCAGCUUAGCUGGCCUUCUUCUGUGUGUAGCUUUAGCUUUAAAGAGAAAAUACAUUUUUAAAUGCAGUGUUCACGGUGCACUGAAUCCCCUGCAUUGUGUUUCACCUCGGCGGGGUUCGGUUGCGUCGCCCCCGCAGUGACUUUUAUCAUCAACCGUGUUCGCGUUUAGGUUUCCACCGUGGCUGUUUAUGUUUUGUCCGCGGCGACAGUUGGAAAUGGAGACAGCUAAUAGGCGUCUGCUGCUCGGUUGCCCAACGACUCUAAAGGGGAGCAGCUGAAAAGGUGGGGAAUUAAAAGCGGAGUUGGGGCCGAAAUAUACGUGGCCCAGUGGGGAAAUUAAGUUUUCUGUCAGUCGGUUGGUUACAAUGGUGGAGUAGGCGUUUUCAGCCUUGAAGCUACCGGGCUCCUCCGACCAACUGAUUGACGGUUUGCUCUCAGCGGGAAGGAUCGUCAUGGCCCCGGGCUCGUUGGUGGCGGCGUGCCGCAGCCUGGCCCUCUCUACGUGGUUGCUCUCCUUUUGCUUCGUCCACCUGCUGUGCCUGGACUUCACCGUGGCAGAGCGGGAGGAGUGGUACACCGCCUUCGUCAACAUCACCUACGUGGACCCUGCCACCUCCGAGCUGCGCACCGAGAAGACGGAGUGCGGAAGGUAUGGGGAGCACUCCCCGAAACGGGACUCGAAGGGGGUGGUGGUCCUUCCCGCAGCACCGCUCGACCGCCAGGCCUGCGACCCCCACACUCGGUUCGUUGUCCCCCCGCAGGCCGGGGCCUGGGUAGCCCUGAUAGCCCCGGGAAACUGCACAUACAAGGACAAAAUCCGUCACGCUGCAGCACACAACGCCUCGGCGGUGGUCAUCUUUAACGUGGGGUCUGCUAAUGCCAACGACACCAUCACCAUGCCUCAUCCAGGUACAGGUGAGGUGGUCGCCAUCAUGAUCCCCGAGCCAAAAGGCCGCGAGGUCGUAUCGCUGCUGGAGCGCAACAUCACGGUCACCAUGACGAUCACCAUCGGGACAAGGAACCUGCAGAAGUACGUGAGCAGGACGUCGGUGGUGUUCGUGUCCAUCUCCUUCAUCGUGCUGAUGAUCAUCUCCCUCGCCUGGCUCGUCUUCUACUACAUCCAGAGGUUCCGCUACGCCAACGCACGGGACAGGAACCAGCGUCGUCUUGGCGACGCGGCGAAGAAGGCCAUCAGUAAGCUGCAGAUUCGUACCAUCAGAAAAGGCGACCAGGAGACGGAGGCCGACUUCGACAACUGUGCCGUCUGCAUCGAGGGCAACAAGGCCAACGACGUGGUCCGCAUCCUGCCCUGCAGACAUUUGUUUCAUAAGAGCUGUGUGGAUCCGUGGCUGCUGGACCAUCGCACAUGUCCCAUGUGUAAGAUGAACAUCCUGAAGGCCCUGGGCAUCGCUCUCAACGCAGACUGCCUGGACGACCUGCCUCUGGACUACGACCUGCCCCUGGGUGGCGUUGGAGGGGUCGGCAUGGGCGGGGUCGGGGCCCUGGCCCUGGAGGCGGUGGUGUCCGGGGCGUCCAGCGACGGCACGCUGAGCCGAGGGCGGCUCCUCGGUGAUCCUGACCCUGGCGUGCGACGGGUGGGACUCCCGCAGGACUACCAGGACCCAGACACGCUGAGAGACAGCCCUGUGACGGCCACCACCGACACCCACACAGGUGAGCUGCAGCCGAUGCGAGCGAGCGCUUCCCGUGGCUGUCGUUUGUCAUCACACGCCGUGGAGACGCGGUCUCUCGGACGAGGAGGGACUCCAUGGGAUCAGUCCCUCAGCUGGGGGACAGUCAUGAGAGCAGGCACAAAGAACCAAAACCACAAUCGAGGCCAAAGAGAGACUUGGGAUCAGGUCCAGGUUUUAUUUUGUUUUCCUUCAACUGUACUUUGUGAGGGUCCAGAACAGAAACCGGACAGAAAACCAGCCAAACCCAACCUGAGUGUACCUACUGACCGACAUGACGCAAGGCCCCGACAUGUGCUCUGGAUUUGACCUGGUUUUCAGUAUGAAGCCUAUCAACUGGAGCCAGACCCAGGCUUUUCCCUUCCGCACAUGUGAUUUAUAACAAGCACAACACUAACCUCCUGAACCGUGUCAUAGAGGGGUUUUUGUUUCUGUGGAUUUAGGCUCAAUAGAAGGACUGGUCCAUGUUUCUGAUUUCUAGAGAAUUUCUCUCGACGCGGUCUCAACACCGGGUUUUCAUCCCACCACAAGAGGCUGUUUUCCUCGGUCGUCCUCUCUAUACCGGUUUCUCCGAUUCAGCCCAGGUCUGCUGCCGCCUGAUCGGGCUGACAUCUGUGAAACCGUGUCCGUUUCCACCCCAUCAUAGACCCUCUCAACCCUCCACCGUGACCGAGUCUUUUAUCUGAAAUGUGGUUGACUUCUUUCAGCCAGCCAAGACUUUUUUUUUGUCUCCUGACUUGAAGGACACUUGAGGUUCAGCAGGUUUGAUCCAAAUGAGGGAGCAGAAUCCAGA